GAUACAUGUGACUAAACAAGGUCAACCAUGGCAGCCUGCAUCCAGAGGCUCGACAGAGCUAUGUUUUCAAUAAGGCUAUUACGGAAUGUCCAGCUUCACAAUGAACGGUCUCUAUCCACGUCUCUGCAUCGUCUCGCCUUGGACACCGAGCAGCCAUCCAAGUUCACUCCUCCAGUGAAGCCCGUCAUCAUAGACAAGACCCAGAGUGUGGCGUCGUUGAGGAAGUUUUUGAGCCCGGAGUUCGUCCCACCCCGGCAGAGAACGAAGCCGAUCAAGUUCACCAUAGAGAGGAAGGAUAUGAUCCGCAGGAGGAAAGUGCUCAACAUUCCCGAGUUUUACGUUGGGAGUAUCCUCGCAGUGACCAUGACCGACCCUCAUGCCACUGGAAAGAACAACCGCUUUGUGGGCAUCUGUAUUCAGAGAGGUGGUCGGGGGCUAGGAGCUACGUUUGUCCUGCGCAACAUUAUUGACAAUCAAGGCGUAGAGAUCUGCUACGAGAUGUACAGCCCUCGCGUGCAGCAGAUAGAGGUGCUGAAGCUGGAGAAGAGGCUGGAUGACAACCUGAUGUACCUGAGAGACGCCCUGCCCGAGUUCUGCACCGUGGACACGGACAUGAAGCCACAGCCCUCCUCCCCCACCGGGGAGGUGCCUGUGAACAAGACCCGGGUGAGGAUGCUUCCCAAGCCGUGGUCGAAGCGCUGGGAGCGGCCCAAGUACGACGUGAAGGGCAUCCGCUUCGACCUGUGCCUGAGCCCCGAGCAGAUGGAGAACGCCCAGAAGUGGGCGCAGCCCUGGGUGGAGUACGACAUGCUGAAGGAGUACGACACCAGCAAGCUGGAGGAGGACAUCUACACAGAGCUGCAGCAGGAGGCCGCCGCCGCCGCCAAGUGAACUAGAACCAGGAACCACGCCCCGUCCCGGGACACUCUGCCCAAUACCAACUACACUUCCUGGGGUUCCUAACCCUCUCAAACAGUUUGGAUAUGGAUACUGAACAGCGUUUAUAUCAACCUUCGAUAACGCUGACUCAUGAAGAGGAAAUACUGGAGGGAGGCUGACAACCAGAGCCACAAGAGGCGAGGUCGGGAAUGGACUCCGGUAAAGCUUCACGAAACUCACCUCUGAUGGAUAUUAAAAAAAUAUGUACAUGGUUACCUCUGUAGGGUGCAGCAGUGCACUUUGAAUAACUUGCACUCUUCCACCGUCUAGUAUCAUGGAGGAGUUAAUGUGCCAGGUGGAUCUAAAUGGGGUAUCAUGGUGAUCUAUCUGUAGUUUAUAAAUGUAAAAGCUAUUAAAACGGCAAGCCUUUUGUGUCUGUGUUAAAUGAGUUGUGUUCAAUUGCUUAGAAUGAUUCUUGGUGUUUGCUAAUGCAGUGGUUAAUGACUGGAUGGAACAAGGCUCUGCAGGAGAUGCAAACGGGGUUACCAUGGUAGGUGGUAGACAGUUUUUUCUGCAUUCACAAGGAAAGAUGGGAAAGCAAAUACACCAUAGCUUUCAGAAGUUUUAAUGAAAGAACAGUGAUUACAUGUUAAUAAAACAUAUAAUGCUUAUACCUUUUA